GUUUCUCCUUUUUUUUUUUUUUUUUAAUUUUUCUCUCCCCGUUCCUUGGGGAAGGAGCUGCCUGCCGGCCCCGCUCGGGCUCCCCGCUGCAGUCGUGGCAGUGCCGUGGAGGCUGGGACCCCCCCACAAGCCAAGAGACCUUAAAGAAGUCCAAAAAGAGUGUGAGAUCAAACGGCAAGGUGCCAGGAUGCUAUGAGAUAGUGCCCCUGUCCCUGAAGAAGAAGAUGGCUGCAGAACUUUACCCUGCCAGCACCAACACUAACAUUGCAAACAGCAACGCCGCCGCCGCCGCCACCGCUGCCAACAGCAAGAAGAACGCCCUGCAGCUCCAGCAGAGCGCCCAGCCGCCCCCGCCGCCCCAGCUCCAAAACCUCAACAACAACAACUUGGAGAGCGCCAACUGGCAAUCCUUCCAUCCCACGCUGCGGGAGAGGAACGCGCUGAUGUUCAAUAACGAACUCAUGGCUGACGUUCACUUCAUCGUGGGCCCGCCAGGGGCAUCCAAGAAAGUUCCUGCCCAUAAGUAUGUUUUGGCAGUUGGUAGCUCUGUCUUCUAUGCUAUGUUUUAUGGCGAUCUCGCAGAGGUCAAAUCUGAAAUCCAUAUACCAGAUGUGGAACCUGCAGCCUUUCUAAUCCUAUUAAAAUAUAUGUAUAGCGAUGAAAUAGACCUGGAAGCUGACACAGUUCUGGCUACACUGUAUGCUGCCAAGAAGUACAUCGUGCCGGCCCUAGCAAAGGCUUGCGUCAAUUUUUUGGAGACCAGCUUAGAAGCGAAGAACGCUUGUGUCCUGCUGUCUCAGAGCAGGCUCUUCGAGGAGCCAGAGCUGACGCAGCGCUGCUGGGAAGUGAUUGAUGCUCAGGCAGAAAUGGCACUGAAGUCAGAGGGCUUCUGUGAGAUAGAUCAACAAACACUAGAGAUCAUUGUAACCCGGGAAGCACUCAACACCAAGGAAGUGGUAGUUUUCGAGGCUGUUCUCAACUGGGCAGAGGCUGAAUGCAAAAGGCAAGGGCUGCCGGUUACGCCACGCAACAAGAGGAAUGUAUUAGGGAAAGCUUUGUACUUGGUGCGGAUUCCAACCAUGACUUUGGAAGAGUUUGCCAACGGAGCUGCCCAGUCCGACAUCCUCACCCUCGAGGAGACUCACAACAUAUUCCUGUGGUACACAGCCGCAAAUAAACCCAAAUUAGAGUUCCCCCUGACAAAAAGAAAAGGACUCGUGCCUCAGCGCUGCCAUCGGUUUCAGUCGUCUGCGUAUCGCAGCAAUCAGUGGAGGUACCGGGGGCGAUGUGACAGUAUUCAGUUUGCCGUAGACAAACGGAUAUUUAUAGCAGGACUGGGAUUGUAUGGGUCAAGCUGUGGCAAAGCUGAAUACAGCGUCAAAAUCGAACUGAAGCGCUUAGGCGUUGUCCUUGCUCAAAAUCUGACAAAGUUUACCUCCGACGGCUCCAGUAACACCUUCUCUGUGUGGUUUGAACACCCUGUGCAGGUUGAGCAAGACACGUUUUACAAUGUAAGUGCUAUUCUCGAUGGUAACGAACUCAGUUACUUUGGACAAGAGGGAAUGACUGAAGUGCAGUGCGGGAAAGUGACGUUCCAGUUCCAGUGCUCCUCGGACAGUACUAAUGGAACCGGAGUACAAGGAGGACAAAUACCUGAGCUCAUUUUCUAUGCAUGAUGCAUUUCACCUUGAUUGUAUUCCAGUGCUGCAAUGAUGCACAUUAAGGGAUUUUUCGGUUUUACUACGAACUCUGCAGCAGUAUGGAAUGUUACGCUACUUACCUAUCUGCUACAUCAGGCUAUACAAAUAAGUGAAGGAAUGCUCUUGAAUUUAAUCUUAUUUUAUUUAUUCAUAAGCUAUUUGACUUAAUUAUUAAGACUGCAACAUGCAGAAAAAUGUUAAAUUUUGCACGUACUGUGCAUUUAUUUUGUAUAUAGAUAACUAACUUGCAGACUGCAGCUGACUCAAACAGAAUGUUCUAAACUAGAGCAGUUUACGAAUCUGUGAAAUAUAAAACAUUUUUACUUGCCCUAAA